AAUGCUGGGAGAAAGGCUUGCACAGAGAAGGAGGGCUCAGGUGGCCCGGCUCUAAGGAGCAAAGGCAGAGAGAGCACUGGCCCGGCCAGCAGCAGGAAAGUUCUCGGGAGCCACACCGAAGGGCACAAACAGCAAGGGUGAUGGCUGAGAAGACCACAGAGGACACCCAGCUGUGGAUUGGGACCGUACUUCAGGACGCUUCAGGCCUCCAGGACAGCCUGUUCUCCUCUGAAAGUGACAACAGCCUGUACUUCACCUACAGUGGCCAGUCCAACACUCUGGAGGUCAGAGAUCUCACCUACCAGGUGGACAUGGCCUCUCAGGUGCCUUGGUUUGAGCAGCUGGCUCAGUUCAAGAUACCUUGGAGGUCUCACAGCAGCCAAGACAAGUGUGACCUGGGCAUCCGGAAUCUGAGCUUCAAAGUGAGGAGCGGGCAGAUGCUGGCCAUCAUCGGGAGCUCAGGCUGUGGCAGAGCCUCACUACUGGACGUGAUCACUGGCAGAAGCCAUGGUGGCAAGAUGAAAUCGGGACAGAUCUGGAUAAACGGGCAACCCAGCACACCCCAGCUGAUGAGGAAGUGUGUGGCGCACGUGCGCCAGCAUGACCAGCUGCUCCCCAACCUGACUGUCAGGGAGACCCUGGCUUUCGUUGCCCAGAUGCGCCUACCCAGGACCUUCUCUCAGGCCCAGCGUGACAAAAGGGUGGAGGACGUGAUUGCAGAGCUGCGGCUGCGCCAGUGCGCCAACACCCGCGUGGGCAACACAUACGUGCGUGGGGUGUCCGGGGGCGAGCGCCGGAGAGUGAGCAUCGGGGUGCAGCUUCUGUGGAACCCAGGGAUCCUCAUCCUGGAUGAGCCCACCUCUGGCCUCGACAGCUUCACCGCCCACAACCUGGUGAGAACCUUGUCCCGCCUGGCCAAAGGCAACAGGCUGGUGCUCAUCUCCCUCCACCAGCCUCGCUCGGACAUCUUCAGGCUCUUUGACCUGGUCCUUCUGAUGACGUCUGGCACCCCUAUCUACCUGGGGGCCGCGCAGCACAUGGUGCAGUACUUCACGUCCAUCGGCCACCCUUGCCCUCGCUACAGCAACCCUGCUGACUUCUACGUGGACUUGACUAGUAUUGACAGGCGCAGCAAAGAACAGGAAGUGGCCACCAUGGAGAAGGCUCAGUCGCUUGCAGCCUUGUUUCUAGAAAAAGUGCGAGGCUUUGAUGACUUCCUCUGGAAAGCAGAAGCAAAGGAGUGUGGCACAGACUCCUAUGCAGUCAGCCAGACCCUCACACAGGACCCCGAUUGCCGAACUGCUGCUGAGCGGCCUGGGAUCUUACAGCAGUUUACCACCCUGAUCCGUCGUCAGAUCUCCAAUGACUUCCGGGACCUCCCCACCCUGCUCAUCCAUGGGGCAGAAGCCUGCCUGAUGUCCUUCAUCAUUGGGUUCAUUUACUAUGGCCAUGGGCCCAAGCAGGUCUCCUUCAUGGACACGUCAGCUCUUCUGUUCAUGAUAGGAGCACUCGUCCCUUUCAACGUCAUUCUGGAUGUGGUCUCCAAAUGUCACUCGGAGAGGUCGAUGCUGUACCAUGAGCUGGAAGAUGGGCUGUACACUGCUGGUCCAUAUUUCUUUGCCAAGAUCCUGGGCGAGCUGCCGGAGCACUGUGCCUACGUCAUCAUCUACGGGAUGCCCAUCUAUUGGCUGACCAACCUGCGGCCAGUGGCCGAACUCUUCCUUCUGCACUUCAUGCUCGUGUGGUUGGUGGUCUUCUGCUCCAGGACCAUGGCCCUGGCCGCCUCCGCCAUGCUGCCCACCUUCCACAUGUCUUCCUUCUGCUGCAAUGCCCUCUACAACUCCUUCUACCUUACCUCUGGCUUCAUGAUAAACCUGAACAACCUGUGGAUAGUACCUGCAUGGAUUUCCAAGGUGUCCUUCCUCCGAUGGUGCUUCGCCGGCCUGAUGCAGAUCCAGUUUAAUGGACACCCUUACACCUUCCAGCUCGGCAACCUCACCUUCUCCGUCGACGGAGACCGGAUGGUCACUGCCAUGGACCUGAACUCGCACCCGCUCUAUGCUGUCUACCUCAUCGUCAUUGGCAUCAGUUGUGGCUUCCUACUCCUGUACUAUCUGUCCUUGAAGUUCAUCAAACAGAAGUCAGUUCAAGACUGGUGAUGUUCACCCAGGCUUGCUCCUGCUGGUGGGAGGGUUCUCCCUGGGCUGGCUGCCCCCUGAAGAGCCCUACGGAUGCCCCUGAAGACCAGGAUCACAUGGAUCUCAGCAGCACCCACCUCUUGGUGCCGCAGUGGCACAGGUCAGCCACAGGAUGGCAGUAGAAUAAAGACAGUUGGAAGAGAUUUCUAGUCACAGGCCAGAGCUUGUGAUGGGAGAGAAAAGGGUACUUGGUGGCGCCUGCUCAUUCAUUUCUUUUGGUUAUGUCUUUGUAUUAACAACCCAAUGUGGAAUGGAGAGCAAUUAUAUAUAAACUGAGUAUCCAGGCUAUGCAGAAACUUCUGGAACGCAGAGAGAAUAGUGGUUUAAUAGCAAAAUGUUUAGUUUUAUCUUCCACAGUUCUCAUAUCCUGUGUUAAGCCACUCCCAAUACAGAAGGUGACAUAAAACAGGCUAGUGAAAUGUCAUCUCUUAUCUUUGUGUGGAUCCAUAGACCCCAGACCCCAAAGCUGAACAAAUGAGUUUACUGAACACCUAAACACCUACUCCGGGGUAGGUAUGGUAUGAAGGGUGGCAUGAGUCUAUGCUCAUUCGUUCCCUGAGGAACAACAGCAUCCUGUUUUAUAGGUGAGGACCCUGAGGCAAAGACAAAUUCAGUUGUCUCGGCUUACACAGUUGCUUUGUGGCGGAAUCAAAAAGACCUUGAGGCCUUUGGUAGUUAGGAAAAGACCAGGCCUGAGAUACUUCCUGGCUUUGGAUUUCAAGAAGCCUCUGGAGACAGUUUGUAGAGUUUGUGUGAGCUCAGCCAGGCCUCAGAGUUGCAUACCCCUGUCUGGGGCUCAGGCUAAGCUUUGAACCCUUUGCCUGAGGAUGGAUCGCCGCACACCCAGGUCAUGAGCCUCAUGACCUCAUGCCUGUGCUGAGGCAGUGAUGGGAGGGGUUGUUCCCAGAGGAAAAAUAAGACUGGAACUAAAAGGAACAGUGGGGGGGGGGGGGAGCGGGAGAGACGUUCUCCACUGUUCCUCAGAUCCUGGCUGUCCGCUGUGGUCCCUGGCCAGCAUCAUGACAUCACUGGAUGCUGAUGAGGUAGGCAGAAUUCCAGGCCUGCCCAGACCCAUGGACCCAGACUUCACCUGUUCAGAUUACCCUAAUGACCUGAGAGCAGACCCCAGUGUGAACAGCAGCUCCACAGCACACUGUCCUCUGCCAGCACCCACUAGCCUCUGGGGGGCUCACGCUGCCCUGUUGUCACCGUUCAGUGCACAGAUGUCACUCAAGAUCCAGUGUCCCUCAUCCACAGCAGAGUCAAGGGCACCAUCUCAUUGUCACGCCUCUUGGCUUUCUUCCGGUGUGGAAUAGCUCAAUGCCCCUGACUUUCUAGGGUAGCUUUCAAUUUGGGUUUAUCUGCUGUAUUUCACAAUUAAAUCCAAGCUGGGUCUCUUUGGUCAGAAUAUCCAGAAAUGACCUGUUUUUCCCCUCAGUGUUCCCAUGUUCCCGUCAUGGGGCACAUGGUUUCCGCUUGUUGAGUGCUGACGUUUACUUUGCUUGGUGGACAGCAUGUCUGCUGGACUCCUCCAAAUUCACUGUGUUCCCUCUUUUCAUAAUUAAUAAACCUUUUAAAUGGCAAUGCCUGGAAA